AUGGGAAGCUGCCCUAUUGCCGAGGAUGAGCCUGUGGUAGCUGCAGAUAAGCCUGUGGUAGUUGUAGACGUACAUGCACUUGGUGCUGACGCUGGUCAUGAUGCUGAGGGAUUUCUAGGUGGGUCGCGUGACCCAUCAGUGCUUACAGAGUAUGCUGACCAUGUUGCAAUCAGUGUAUGGAACGAAGAGGACCAACCUGAAUUGAAGUUAUCCUCCCAUGGGAGGAAGGUGCAAAAAUUUGGUAGGCCUGCUUCUAAAGUUGAGGGCCUAGUUGCUGUCACAGGACUAAGUCCUUUGAUCGCGUGCUCAAUAGACAUUGGCGAUCGGGGACUUAUAUCCGCAUUCGUGGAGAGGUGGCACAGGGAAAAUAGCAGUUUCCAUCUUCUCGUGGGGGAGGUUAGCAUCACCCUGGAUGAUGUGGAAUCUCUGCUUCAUCUUCCCAUUGUUGGCGCCUUCCAUACCUUCGAGCCUCUGCAUGUUGACGAGGCCGUGUUGAUGUUAGUUGAGUUACUAGAGGUCUCCAAAGAGGUAGCCAGGGCCGAGACAACAAGUGUCAUGGACCAUACGUAUGCUUAUCUUGGCUACGAGAUAUAUAUCAGAGCAGAUGUCAGGCUGGACAUUGGACAACUACAACUCGAGCAGCAACCGACAACUUGCUGGUUACAUCACUCUCUUACAGUGUUGGAUAUAUAUGAGCACUUUCAUUUAGUUGCGGAGUGUGUGGCUGAUCCAAACUAUGAUAAGGUGUCACCACGUGCAUGUCACUGGAUUGCUACGAAGGCGACUUUGAAGUUCAUAUCUACAACGACGUACAAGCAACGUCUGGAUUGA